UCCCGCCUCUCUGCCAAGAGGUUUCCCUCCCACAAUGCAGUGCGGGCCGGAGUGACGUGGAGUCCCUGGGUCAGACCGGCGGAGAAGGAGCCCGGAUAGCGGGGCGGAGGCGCCUCGCUGUGAGCAGAAUGCUGAGCCCAGUUUAGCUCUCACUGAGAUCAGAACCACUGUCCCUAGAGACCCCCAACAGCCUCUCCCCCCGGGACCCCAAGGCAUUGGCUGGAAAUCUAGAGAGAGAUGAGUUCGGUGGAGCCCGAGAGCGCGCCCCAAGAGACCGCCGCCGCCGCCGCGUCUAAGGAUGAUGGCAUGACCUGGUGGUACCGAUGGCUCUGCAGGCUGGCCGGCAUCUUGGGGGGCUUCUCGUGUGCGGUGGCCGGACUGUGGAGCUGUGUCACAAUCAACCCCCUCAAUAUCGCAGCCGGGGUGCUAAUGAUGCUCAACGCGUUCAUCCUGUUCCUGUGUGAGGCUCCCUUUUGCUGCCAGUUUGUCGAGUUCGCCAAUACGGUUUCUGAGAAGGCUGACAGGCUGAAAAGCUGGCAGAAAGCGGCGUUUUAUUGUGGGAUGGCGCUGCUUCCCAUCUUCAUCAGCUUCACGUUUACCACCUUGUUCGGCAAUGCUAUCGCCUUUGCGUCGGGGGUUCUGUACGGUCUCUCCGCCUUGGGCAAGAAGGGGGACGCCAUUUCCUACGCGAAGCUACAGAAGCAGCAGCCGGACGAGGAGAAGCUGACGGACCUAUAGAGGCGCGAGGGGAACCCGCUGCUGCACGGACAAUAGAUACUUUUUUAUUAGGUUUAACAAAUUCUCUUAUUUAUGGAUCUUUGCUGUGAAAUUUUUAAGAAUUCCAAUACGGUAUGAGUGUGAGACUCGCCGGCCCCGCCCAAUGGCUACCGUGGGAGGAGUCUGGUUCCGGCACGUCUGGACUGCGACUGGCACUUUACGGGAAACACUAAUUACGACCCACAAUCCCCGUGUGGUUUGUGACCUGGAGAUGUAGCCGGGGGGAGGGA